UAGUUGGUUCAAAUUUCAAAAACGACCCAACAACUCUCUUUCUCUCUCUCUCUCUUAAAUCAGUGAUUAAACCCUCAACAAGAAAGAGAAACACACUCCAGAAAAAAGGAAAAUUAAAUAAAUAAAAAGGAAAAGGAAAAGAAAAGAAAAAUAGAUGACAUGAUAUGCGCAUUGUUCAAAAGAGAAUUGAAAUCCAUUUGUAGAUCAGUGGUUAGAUAUAUAGAUAUAUCAGUCUCAAGAGCUAUGGGCUGUUUCUUUGGUUGCUUUCGUAUCAGAGACGACCAUCACCGCCGCCCUCCGAACCUUGUCGUCUCCGAUUCCACUCGAUCCCUUCCGCCUGGAGCUGUGGUGUCUAAAAAUCGUUUAUCGUCUCUUUUUUUGACCGAAGAGAGAGAAGAUUUAGAAUGGAAUAAGAGAAAAAGUGAUUGUUUCGGAUCACCACAAAUCAACAAGGAAUUGGCGAAUGAGGCUAAAUUUCUGAAAGCCUGUGGUACAUUACCCGAGACUCCUUCUGAAAUUCGGAAGGCGUCAGAGAAGUUAAGAGUUUCGCCUCCUGCUGGUAAAAAUUCUCAGUCUUCAGAUUUUCACUCAUGGCUUCCCAGUACAUCUAUUAAGAAGCUUCAGUUGGAUAAAGAAAUUGAUCAGCCCCCUACCCCUGUCAAACUUUGUGAAGAGUGGGGACAUGGUUCUGUUUCUUCAGAGCAGACGCCUAGCAGCUGCAUAUCCAAUGCGCAGAACACUGCAAGAAUGUCUGUUAGCUCUGUUGAAGAUGGUAAGUUAGGAAGUUUUAUAACAGCAGUCAAGAUUUAUGUUUAUAAGAAUGAUCAUAAUAUAACUUGGAUUUCUCGUUGGUUUUCAGCUACAAAUGUUCCUUUCAAGAACAAGUCUGUUCGUUUUGAAUGCAAUCUCGAUACAUCUUCAUCUGAAAGUGGGCACCUCAAUAUGAGGAAAUUUGAAUCCCCAGAAGAUAUGAUUGUAUCAAAGCCUUCUCCUAAACCAACCCCAUUAAAAAUUUCUGAUGAGAUGCAAACACCUGGAACUGUUUUCCCUGCAAGUUUAGAAAUUUUAGCAAACGGGAAGACUAGGAUUAGGUCCCAAUAUGUACAUCCACUGUUAAAACCAGUUGAGAAUGCUUCUCAGUGGAAGGUACUGCAGGAAGAUGAUUCUAGUUCCCAUCAAGGGUUAAGUGAGCUUAAGGGAUCUCUUGAACAGCUGAAAGAUUCAACACCUAAGUCAGAAGUUGGAGUAAAAGACACUUCUGCUCCGGAAACGAAGGUGGAAGCAAGUUUAUCUUCUUGGCUCAAGCCCCCACAAUCCCCUCAUAAGGAUGAUGGUCUGAAUGAUGGAUAUGCAGCUAGCAAAAAUUUCCGUGCUGGUAGAACUCCUAUGGACAGGCCAAUCAUUGGGAUGGUUGCUGCUCAUUGGAAUGAGAAUGAACCUUCUCAAAUCUCUCCCAAGUGGUGGGAUGGGAAUGGAAUCCCAAAUUCAACUAAUAAAUACAAGGAAGAUCAGAAAGUUAGUUGGCAUGCCACACCAUUUGAGGAGAGGUUAGAGAAGGCACUAUCCGAAGAGAGUUUCAUCUCACAAAAGAAGCCUAUCAAUGGGAGACCCAUAGUUUUUGAUGAGCACGAUGAAAGUGACACUGCUCUUUCCAAGUUACAGGCUUCAACACAUUCCAAGUCAGUUGUUUCAUUUUGAAGAUUAGUGGUGUCAUUGCUUGAUGUUGUGAGUUUAUUUUGAAGUUGACAUGCCAUCGGUGCACUUUACUGCUAGUGAAAGUGAAUUGAAAUGUCGAAAUUGAUGGUUUUGCUUGUAUGGAGCUGAUUUUGAACUAUGAAGAUUGAAAUGGAUUAUCCAAAUACUGCUGUUAAUAUAGUUUUAGCAGCAGCUUCAGGAGCUGCUUGCAGUGUAAAUCAGUAACGAGAACUCUCAGUUAAUGCAAAGCUUUGAGUUUGAGCAUUUAUCAA